AUGGGUGUACCAGAAAGUUUUUAUCCUGGAAGUCCUUUAGGACCUAAUCCAAUAGAUGAUCCAGAAUAUUUCAUAUAAUGGUAUGAAUAAAAUUGCCCUGAACCGUACAGAGUAUUAAUAGAAUAAAUGAAAUAGUUAGGAACAAUAACUAGAGGAGUAAAUACACCUGAAUUUUUAAAGAAAUGGAUUGAAAUAGAUCCAUCACUAAUAGAAGAUGAAUUCUAAAAAAUACAUUAAUAAUAGUAAGACGAUGACGAUUUAGACUUAAGCACUGAUGAAGAAAUAGAUUAUAAUCAAUAUCGUUAAAUGGAAGAGAAUAUACCUUAAGAAGAGCAAGAACUAUUAGCUUAAUAAGAAUAAUAAAAUGCAGGAAACGAUGAAGACUUUAAAAUUGGAGACGGUGGAAUAGGAUAAUUUUUUUAUAAAUAAACUAAUAUUCCAAGAAUGAGUUUUGAUAACUAACUUUAUUUAAAUUUACCUUAAAAUUAUUAAUAUCCAGAAGACAUUUCGGCUGCAGAACAAGUUGUUUAUGCUGAACAAAAUAUGACUUUUCAUAGUGGAUUUAAUGAAUAUGAAAUUCCUCCUAUUCCGGAACGAGUAACUAAAGAAUUGUAUUAAUUUAGUGGUUUACCUUCUUGUUAUACUUAUUAUUAUACUCUUCCUGAAUUCGUAAGAAAUAGUUUAUUUGUAAAAAAUGUUGCAAGAGUUUAUGAAUAUAAAAGGCAUGAUAUUUCACACAAAGAUAAAAUUCUUGCUACUAACUAUGCUUCUAAAUUAUCUUUACCAGUUGAUGGACUUAUUUAUAAUGUUGCUAGAUAAAUGAUUAUAAGUAAUAAAUAUAAAAUGACUCUGAAAGAAUAAUAAAUUAUGAAAGACUCUGAUAUUCUUAUUUUUGAAGCUGAUAUGGAAUCUUGGUAUCAACAAGUUAACAAAGAUGAACAUACUUCUUCUAAAUUAAAUGAAAGAGUUGGAGUACCUAAAAGGCUUUAAGAGAACGAAAUUGAAGAAGAAUUAUGUGACUUACCACUAGAAUAUUAUGAUAAUGAAGAUGGAUUUUGGAAUGAUAUUAUAUAAAUAAAACACAAUAGAAAUAAUAAUGCUUAUCCAAUUAUUUAAUCACGUCCUUAUUUUAAACAUUGA